AUGGUGCAGAUAUUAGUGACAAAAUUAGCUGUUACUGCAACGCUGACUUCGGUUUACACGUACACAUCUGAAAUGUUCCCAACAGUAAUUCGCAAUACAGCAAUCGGAUGCUGCUCUACAAUGGCACGCUUUGGAGCAGUGAUCUCGUCCUUCAUGGCACUGUGGAUGGUUGACGCCUACGGCAAACUUUCCAUGAUAAUACCGUGUUCUUUGCUUUCCUUAAUAGCUGCAAUUCUAACAAUGGUAUUUCUACCAGAGACAAUGGGCAAAACAAUGCCUGAAACUAUAUCUGAAGUGGAGAAGAUGGAGGAGUAA